AUGUUCACACAGGAAAGAAGACAUUGUCGAGUUAUCAUCGACUCUGACUCGUCCACAUUAAAAAUCACUCGAGCUCGAUUUGCAAUUCGUCAUCGUCCUGCUUCAGUCAUUUCUCCUGCCAAUACUCACAAAAGGCGUGUUUCAGAGUUUCAGCCAAGUCCUUUUGACUUUAAGGUACGGUCAGGGAGGGUGGCUGAGGAGUUCUGUCUACCGGCAGAUCUAGAGGCUCGGCAGUUUUCCCCAAUCCGUCCUACGUCUAAACUCCAAUCCUCAGAGAAUGAGGAGCCUCUCGAAUAG